AUUUUGUGCGCCUCAACACAGGAGAGGUUUAAAAAACACUCUUAUCCUUCGUCGAUGUCCUAACCCAACUGGCGCCGGUUUAACAUGGACGUUGCUCUCGAGAUCCUGGAUCCUUUGAUAUUUGACAAGGCAUACACCUACUUCAUCCCUGCGGCGGUCUCCAAUGCCACCACGCAGACAGGUCUGGGCGCGACGCCAUCCGCAUCAUCCAAUUCGGCGUGGCCGCGCGACAACAUCCUGCGACAAUGCGUCUCAAUCCUGGUGGUUACGCAGGUUGGCGCUACGCUACUCUACUGGGUCUUUAGUGCCUUUUCGUACUACUUCAUCUUCGACCGGCGUCUCGAAUACCACCCGCGCUUCCUCGAGAACCAAGUCCGGAAGGAGAUAAUAUCUUCGAUGAAAGCCAUCCCAUGGAUUAAUCUCUUCACCCUCCCAUUUUUCCUAGCUGAAGUCCGUGGCAAGAGCUUCCUAUAUACCAGGGUAGAUGAAUACGGCCGUGCGUGGCUAGGAAUCUCGACUGUGUUGUUCAUGAUCUGGAAUGACUUCCUCAUCUACUGGAUUCACCGACUCGAGCAUCACCCAAGUGUCUACAAGUACAUUCAUAAACCCCACCACAAAUGGAUUAUACCAACUCCAUGGGCGGCUCUUGCCUUCCAUCCCCUUGAUGGAUAUGUCCAAUCUUUGCCGUACCACCUCUUCGUCUUCCUUUUCCCCGUGCAAAAGUACCUAUACAUGACCUUGUUCGUUCUCGUGCAGAUCUGGACCAUCUUCAUUCACGACGGCGACAUGAUAUCGGGUCAUUGGCUCGAAAAGUACAUCAACAGCCCCGCCCACCACACCCUCCACCACAUGUACUUCACCGUUAACUACGGUCAGUACUUCACCUGGGCCGACAGCUACUACGGCUCGCAUCGCGCCCCGCGCCCUGAGCUAGAUCCGCUCCAUGAUGCGCUGCGGGUCAUGCGCAAAAAGGGACUUGUGGACGAGGAUGGUAACCCAAUUCCCAAUAAAAACAAGAAAGAAUAGGAGACUACAUCGCGUUGGGUGUGGUCUGUCGAAGGAAAUGCAGAACCCUUGCUGACAUUCGUUCGGAAUGACAACAAAUCAUUCCCUUAUGAAGAGGAUUUUUAUCAUGAAAUCUUUCUAGUGUGUUAAUUAACAGCUAUUUCUGCCCCUUUGGGUUCAUUUGUGGAGCUAUGGGCGUCCUGUCAUCUUGUGAAGUUCAAAAGUCAUCACUGUUGGCAGUGUGAUGGACACAGUCAAGCCUUGGCUUUGAAUGUACUCCGUAUAUAAUUGCAUUACUCCGUUCUCCCCUCCUGUAAUAACAUUCCCCAUCUUGUAUCCCGCUACCCUUUAAUUAAUUCUAAUUUACUUCUACAGCAAGGGCAUUACACACUACCAACUCAUUCACUCUUUUCUAAGCUGUUAUCAUUUUGCUGCAUCUAGACUGUUUAAGCCCUUGUUUUACUCCACAUAUACCAACCCCACAACCCCUCUGCUCCCACUUGUUUCGCUGCAAACAACCCAGAUGAGAAAACCCAUC